AUGGCUGCUCAGACUGCAUCGGCCGGCCGCCCUCCAACUGAUAGCAACGAGUUGGGCUUCCUGCCUGCCACUACGAGAAGAGGAGUAGCUGGUAGUGGGUCCUUGCUGGACUUCACUUUGGACGGCAAGCGCAAGUGGCCGGAGUGGAUACAGCUGGUACGUUGUGGAGACUUUUAUGAGACAUAUGGUGUUGAUGCAGUGAUGUUGGUGAACUACUGUGGGCUUAAUGCUAUGGGGGGCCGACCGAGGGCUGGCUGUAGGAAGGAUCAAGUCCAGAUGGUGUUGGAUUCCCUCACGGAGAGGGGGUUCUCGGCGGCAGUGUAUGAGGAAGCUAAUGAGUCUGAUUUCAACAGGGGACCAGAGAGGAAGCGGAAGGGGAAGCAACGGUAUCUCGCUCAGCUGGUGUCACCUGCGAAUCCGACAUAUGUUGGGGGAGGAAUGGUAGUCCAGAACACUCUGGCGGACGGCGAGGACACGUCCUUCCGGGAAGAUGAACGCCCAGCUGCUCCCCGGUUGGCCCUUUGUCGGGAGGAGGCCUCCCAGCAGCAGACGGAGACCUAUACGGUCCUACAAGUGUGGGUAGAGGCUCGGGAGUACUCGGUCCACGAAGCCUUGACGCCCGAAGGUGUCAUGGGGUUACUGGCCGAGGCUUCUAAUUGGUAUCGAGCUACCGCCCUGCCUUUGGUGGUAUCAUCGGAGUUUGGAGUGCCUCCUGCCUGGCUACCUGUGGAGAGUAGUCUUGGGGUACGUAUGGGCUCCCCUUUGUGUGAUCGUCCAGACCCAUUUCAGAACUCAUCGUCAUCAUUCGCUGUGUCCUUGGACCCAGUGGACUGUAGUGUGUUGGGAAACGGCUUUGUCGAUGCUGUAAUAAGGAAAGUGUCAGAAGAGGCCUUCUGCUUGCCGGUUGUCUCUGGAGAGGAGGGGAGGAUUGUCGACAGCUUUAGAGCGGUAGAGCGGACGGCUACGUCUGUGGGGCUGCCGGGGUUGGCGCCGCCUUAUACGGAUGCUAUCAACUGUAUGGGUAUAGGGUAUGGUGGGAGGCCUACUAUUGGUAGUAGUGACCAUUUUGGUAAGCCUGGGGAAGAGUACUACGCUGGGGUGUGUCGUGCCGACUCUGUAUUCCCCAACGAUGAGUUGUUGUCUAGAGGGAAGAGCUGA